UAAUCCAGCGAGCUUCCGAGGACAAAAGAAAGAAAUGAAUUGCUUCAUUUGUGUCGCUUGAAUGGAAUGCUAAUGAGGGGAGGUGGAAAAAAUGUUAAUUAUUCAUGCCAGCCGGCUGAGAAGAAGGCAGCUCCUGGCUUUCCCUGUUACAAUUGCAACAAGUGGCUGCCGGCCUAGGUAGGAAAAGAUUGGAACUCUCAAAGAGGCGAGAUGCCUUCUCAGGAAAGGAAACUCAUGUUCUGCAUCACACACAGCCAGAUGGAUUUAAGAGCAAAGCCCCCAGUAGCCUGGAAUCAGGAAAGAAAAUCCUUUAUAUCUCAAAUUUACUUCAUCAUUAAUCACUCCUACUGGGAGGGACCUCAUGGCCUGGGAAGAAAAGAAAAUCUUUAUGGAAUUAAUGCUUUGAAACCAUGCAGAAGUAUUCAGUAUAAUAAUGCAGCAGAGAAUGAGUCAAGCUUCCCAAAGGAUGCUCUGCUGGUGCAAAAUACGAAAAUGAGUUCAUCUAUAGUCAUUUCACAGAUGAUUGAUGAGAAUAAAUCAAAAGAAAAUACGGCUGCUUUCCCUAUGCAGUCUGUAAUCACCCAGUCAGAGGCUUAUCACAUGAACCAAUCUUUAGCUAAUCAUAGCUCAGUCAACAUUAAUAGAGCAUUCAUAUUGCUCCCCAGAAGAUUAGGAGUUCAGAUAUCCUCAGAUGACAAUGUAUUUGGAACAGUCUCUGAAUGUGAAGUGAAGAAACAGUGUCAUAAGCAGAAGAAAGGCUUUACUUCUAUCACUAUCACUGCUAGACGUGUUGUGUCACCUUGUUACCAGACGUCGCAAACAGAUGCUCCUGGUUCUUCUUGUUUGCAGUGCCAGGGUGAUAAGCUGCUAAUGAGUACUGCUACUGCUUCAGCUGUGUCUGGGCUUGAUCAGAUAUCCAAAUCUUUGUGCAAUCAAGGAUCUCAAAACCAAAAUGCUACUAAAAUGAAGUCUUCUGCAUCGUGUUCACAUCUGUCCAAGAGGCCUUCUGAUUGGCUUUCUCCCACUGAAAACAAAGAGAACAGAAUGGUGUUCCCAGCAAAUGCCCAUAACAAAAAGGCACCGCCGUCUUUUGUUUCGAGUGUCCACCUUAGCAUUUCUCAGCAGAGACCAAAUGUGAUAUAUUACAUAGACAAGUCACUCAUAGUGCCUAUCAACCAAACACAGAGUAACAACCAAAACAUUCAUAGGUCAGUAGUGUCUUUCAAUAUAAAUUGCAGUUCUCCAAGUUUAACACCAGAUGGAGUAGAUGGUUUAGCUAACGGAAAACUAAUCACAGGAGUACUUAAGACAAAGCUCCCAGAGGAUAGCAAGUCUUCUCUCAGAGCAAUUUGGAAUGCAGAUUCUAAGGAGAUCGAUUUGGGUAGAAAACAGACCUUGGAAAUGGAAUCUUUGGAGACUGAAUAUCUCGGGACACGUACCUCUCCAUCUGAAACGCCAUCAGUGGUGGAUAGCCCUCAAGGACGUAGUAAUUUAAAGCUAAGAAAGAUCAAUGACAAAAAUCCAAGUGACAAUGACAUUACAUUUUCUCCCCUCAUUUCUCACUGGACUUGUGAUGAAGACUCACAAGGGUUCUCAAGAAGCAACAGAAAACAGUGCAAGAGAGACAAAUGCCAUGAAGCACCUGCCUCUUUUCUGGACCAGUCAUGCAAGCAUGAGCUCACAGUAGAAGGUGGGAGUUCUUUGAAAGAUAAAUAUCCAUCCAAAAGCACUUUGAAGUCCAAAGAGAUUCAGACGCAAAGCAUUCUAAAACCACAAAAAAUUCUAUCUGAUUGCGGGUGCCAAGGAAAGGCUUUAUCAAAAACAGCACUGGAUGAGAAUGCUAUCCACAGGAUUGAUCAUUUCCCGAAAGGUGAUUACAAAUUCUGUGAUGCUGCAGACAAACUGAACGAAUAUCAUACAAGUGAGAAGAAUGAUAUGAUCAGGAGUGUAACGACCUCCACAGUUCAUGUACCAGAUGUUAAUCAUGAGAAAUAUGAAGCCUUCCAGCAGCCAGGGGUCUGCUCUGAGCCUGAGAACAUUCCUUCAAACCCACUAACUCUCAGGGAGGCUCUAGAAGUUCACAAGUCUCACUUUAUUUAUUGCUCACAAGAACGGUUGAAGAAACUUGAACACAUGGUACAGCUGAGGAAAGCCCAGCAGGGAGAUGCUUCUGGAAAGAAACAAGGAGCUGUUCUUUCUCGCAAACUUUCCUCAUCUUCAAUUUUAAGCAAGAAGAAGCAAUAUACGGUUCCUCAUCCUCUCAGUGAUAACCUAUUUAAGCCAAAAGAAAGGUUCAUAUCAGAGAAAGAGAUGCAUAUGCGAUCCAAAAGAAUUUAUAAUAAUCUGCCGGAAGUGAAGAAGAAACAAGAAGAGAAACAGAAACGGGUCAUACUGCAAAGCAACAGGCUGCGUGUCGAAGUCUUCAAGAAGCAAUUGCUGGACCAGCUUCUUCAAAGAAAUACAGAAUGAGUAAAGAUUUCUUGGCAUGUCUCACUUAUUGGACUUUGAACGCCUUUGAUAAUUAAAAAGCCAUACAAACAUAUCAUGAACUUCGUGAUAUGGAGAUGUCAUUCAAUUCCUGUAUGCAAAGAAAGAGCUUGAAUUUUUUAAAAAAAUUAAAGUCCUAUUGGCAGUGCAAAAUCUCUGGAAAAUAGGGGUCCAUGACCCAUGGAAUAAUACCUUUAUGCAUUUAAUGAGGCAUUUAUCUUCUCUGACAGAGUUUUAUUAAAGGAGGCAGCUUUUUGUAAGUUAACAGUCACACCAAAUAUAUAUAUAUGUUUGUAUACAGUAUACAUAUAUUAGGUAGAAUCCAAGCUUCUGUGCACAGUCAGAUGGAACUUCUGCUGAAGAAUAGGAACUCCCAAUUGCUGCAAAUUCCUAGCUCCAGUUUCACCUCUUCAUGCCUCAUCAUACAUUGUUUCUGAGGGUCCCUGACUGCUUUUUGAGUGUGCACAUGGCCUGCAGCAGGACAAGGGCCAAAGCAAGACAAGAAAAAAUUCAUUCCAUGGACAGAACUCUACUCAGUUCUCUGCAUCCUGCCCAUGAUUCCCAUUUGUUCCUGAUUGCUUCAUGUAUUAAGCUUGCACUUCUUGAAAGGAAGGAAAAAUGAUCAUUUUGUUAUGGUUAUACUAUAUAAUAUGUGUCUAAUAAUUUAAGCUGAAUUUUAAAUUAACGGUUCACAUUGCAAAAGGGACCAAUAUUUUAGUCCGUGAAGGACCACAUUCUUGUUUGCACAGUGAACCCAAAUAAAAGGGUUACCUGUUAAAAACUACUGUUUAGAACCUCUGCAGUAAUUCUGCUUCUGAAACAUGUACUUUGCUAUACCAUGUAAUUUUGCCUGGCUUCAUAUGGCAUAAUGUAUUUACAGAAAUGCAUAUUUUUUUAACAAAAUGGUACAAAUCUACUCAGUGGUUUCUACCAAGAAAAAUGCUUGUGUAAAGAUUACUUAAUUAAAACCAUCUGUAAUAUAUCCUUUAAAAAAUUUCAAAUGGUACAUUUCAAAAUAUAGAAGACUAGUUUUUAUGAAAGGAAGAAAUAAAGAAAUAAAGUAGAAA